AUGUCAGCAGCAGAAGAAAACCAACAUAAAUCCUCAACAACAUCUUCCUUAACAAGCCUAACAGCAUCACAAUCAUCAAUGCUGUGGAAUAUCCGAUAUUUGGAAAUGGAAAUAAAACAUAUCAAUGACGCCCGAGAUUCUCGAAUUAUUAAGCUACAAUAUCGCAUCAAUCAUUUCAAUGUAAAAAUGUUCGAGAAAAUUGAAAAUAUGGAAUUGGAACGUAAUCGUAUAAUAUAUGCAAGUAAAGCAAAAGUCAAACAUUAA